GCCUGAGCCCGUUAGCCCAAAAGUGAAUUUGCGUCCCAAACACAACUUGCAAAAGAGUCCCCAAACAAAACGAAAAAGUCGAAGAUCACCCAAAUAAUCAAUUAGUCUGCACACCGAACAGGUAGACGAAGCUGAGCAGGAACAACAAUUUCAUGCUCUGAUAGUCUGCUGACACUCAAUUAAAAAUCAUUCAGUGCCUGUGGGAGUGUUUAAUUUGGUUCAAAAUGGAAGAACAUAGCAGGAAUCUUUGAAGUUUCUUGGAGAUGGGUCGAGCGAUCUCAGUUUUAUUACAGCCUCGGUGGCUUCUGAUCUUUCUUGGUGUUUUUCUUCUUAUCUUUCUUGCUUCCUCCAUCUUCCUAAAGGAGCAUGAGAGGGUGGACGAGGUGUAUGAAAUUACCCACAGAGUAUUCUUGGAUGUUGAUAUAGAGAAAACACGUGUAGGAAGAAUUGUGAUAGGAUUAUAUGGGCAAAAUGUACCAAAAACUGUUGAGAAUUUCAGGGCUUUGUGCACAGGGGAAAUGGGGAAGACUGCUGAUGGAGUAUCUCUUCAUUACAAGGGAAAGCCAUUUCAUCGUAUAAUACCAGGAUUCAUGAUUCAAGGUGGAGAUAUUGUGUCGGGUGAUGGAAGGGGAAACAUUUCCAUUUAUGGCGGUCCCUUCCCUGAUGAAAAUCUCAAGAUAAAGCAUUCUCAUGCAGGUGUUAUUUCCAUGGUGAACGCAGGACCCAACUCCAAUGGCUGUCAGUUCUUUAUACCGACAGUGAAGGCAAGCUGGUUGGACGGGGAGCAUGUUGUAUUUGGCAAAGUUAUUGAAGGUAUGGACACAGUAUAUGCAAUAGAGGGCGGAGCAGGAACUUACAGCGGAAAACCUAGGAAAAAGGUGAUUAUUGCAGACUCGGGGGAAAUACCUAAGAGCAAGUGGGAUGAGGAUAACCAAAGUUCAACUUCAUAAAUACCAUUCAUCAAAGUUUUGAAGUUACUAACCAGCCCUAUAUACAUUUGACGCACGUUCUUUUCUUUUGUGUUACGAGCUUAAUUUAUGAGGUCCUAUUUGAUCCCCUUAACCUUACGGAUAUGAGUGCUUUUAUUCCUGGAACUGGUUGUGAAUAUUUUUGGGUUUUGUAGAGGAAUUGAACUGAACCUAUACAUUCUCUUUAUAUUCAAAUUGGCUUGCUGGUUUUAUA